AGAGAGGGAGGGGAAGAAUGGAGGAGGGGGAAGCAGAGGAGAGGAGGCAUCUGACAGCAGGAGGAGAAGGGAGGGGCCAUCUUUCUCUCUCUACUUCGUGGCCUACAGUGGAUGGCCUAUUGGGCCUCGACGAAGAAGACGCCGUUAAAUACGCUCGCAACUUCUUUAGGGCUGGCUUCUUUCUCCUCCCCUUCCUCUGGUUCCUCAAUUCCUUCUACUUUUGGCCUGUCCUCACUCGCUCUUCGUCUUUCCCUCGCCUUCGCCCUUAUGUUCUAGGGUCUGCCAUUGGCUUUGCGGUGUUCAUGGUGCUACUUUGCUUGUGGGCCCUCACAUUUGCCAUUGGAGGAGAGCGUCUGUUCGGCCCCAUUUGGCAGCACCUUGUGAUGUAUAAUGUGGCUAACACAUUUGGGCUCACAUCUUGGAGCCAAAUGUAGACUUUGUUUUGAUCAUUAAUAGCAUUUCAUCGUAUAUUACCCAAGGAAAUUAUAUUUUUAUAUCACUACAGGUGUCCGAAGUCACAAUUCACAAAAACUUGGUACAAGCAUUCAAUUUGUAAAUUUUGACAAAUUUUCCUAAUAUAAUCCUAAUUUUGGUUUA